AUCUGAGUGCAAAGUGUGUAGCUAGAAGUGAAGAUGCCACCACAGUCUGGUCCCUCAAAAGAGAAGUCAGAGCCUGUUCCAGAUUUUACCCAACAUUUUACUUGGGAGGAGAUUGCAAUCCAUACUGGCUGGGGCCAUGGGACCUCAGGGAAGGACCGGUGGCUGGUAAUUGACAGGAAAGUCUACGAUAUCAGCAAGUUCUACCUGAUGCACCCUGGAGGCAAGCGGGUAAUCAGCCAUUAUGCAGGGCAAGAUGCUACGGAUGCCUUUGCCGCUUUCCACCCGAAUAAAGCACUGGUGAAAACAUAUUUAAAACCACUGCAGGUUGGGGAGUUGGCACCAGAUCAAUCUACCUCUGAGCCCAGUAAAAAUAAACUGCUGGUAGAGGACUUCCGUGAGCUGCGAGCCACUGUUGAGAAGAUGGGUCUCCUGCAGCCUAAUUACUUCUUUUUCUUCCUGAUUUUCCUGCACAUCCUGGUACUGGAUGCUGCUUCCUGGCUCACUGUGUGGUACUUCGGUGCAUCCUUAGUGCCUUUCCUUGUUGGUGCGGCCCUGUUCGCUACUGCACAGACACAAUUGAACUGGUUCCAACAUGAUGUUGGGCACUUUUCUGUCUUCAGAAGUACAAAAUGGAGCCGGAGGUUUCAUUUAGCCCUAGCUGCUCUGAAAGGGUUUUCACCCAGCUGGUGGAAUCACCUGCACAAUCAACACCAUGCCAAACCCAACUGCUUUCGCAAAGACCCUGAUCUUGGUUUCCACCCUGUCUUAUUCAGCUUUGGGAAGAUACUCUCCACAGAGUUGGGGAAAAAGAAGAAAAAGUUCAUGCCUUAUAACCAUCAGCACAAGUAUUUUGGCUUUUUGGCUCCAUUCGCAAUAAUUCCCUUUUUCCAGCUUGCUUUAAUCUAUUUUGCAACCAAGCACAAAAAGUGGUUUGAGCUGUUCUUGACAGUGACUUAUAACAUUCGAAUCUUUCUCAUGUACGUGCCCCUAAUGGGAUUAAAGACCUUCAUGGUGUACUACUUGUUUGCCAGAUACAUAGAGGCUUCCUGGUUUAUCUGGAUUUCACAAAUGAACCACAUCCCAAUGCACAUUGAUUAUGAUCGGAACUUGGACUGGGUAUCUACCCAGCUCGAAGCAACAUGCAAUGUGCAUCAGUCCUUGUUCAAUGACUGGUUCACUGGGCACCUGGACUUCCAAAUUGAGCACCACCUUUUCCCCACAAUGCCUCGACAUAACUUGUGGAAGGCAGCCCCCUUGGUGAAAUCUCUCUGCACCAAGCAUGGCAUUGAGUACAAAACCAAGACCUUGCUCACUGCCCUUGCAGACAUUUUGCGCACCUUGAAAGAUUCUGGGGAACACUGGCUUGAGGCCUAUCUGCAUGGAUAAGAAACAUACAACGCAACAUUUCUCCAUGUAAGCUACCAUAAAAAACUACACAGCAGACCACUGGAUCUCAAGGAUAGACUUGUGCUUUGCUAGGGAGCAAGGGAGAUGCUUUAUUUCAGUAUGAAUGUGGACUUUCAAGAUAUUUCUCCUAGCUCUGAAACUGAUACUUCAUCUGCUGCUUUCUGUGGCUGUGUUUAGGGACAUGAUGAAUCAGUAGGCUAUUUGAGCUGAGCCUUGUAGAAAAGGGGCUUUAUAAAUAAUAAGAAAAGACUCUCUUUAUCUCUCUACUAAUAUGUUACUUGCUGUGAAUACAAGAGAGAGACCAGGCUGACUCUUUCCGUGAGUGACAGAGUUUUAAGGAAGUUUAAGGCAAGAAUUCUUCUGGGUGCUAGCUUUUAUUAGACUAACUUCAUGGGUCGGAUAGACACAGACAGACUUUCUGGUAUCAGCUGAGGAAGACCUGAAGAAGUGCACUGUGGUAUUCAAAGGCUUGUCACAUCUCUCUCAACCAUGUCAUUGGUCCAAUAAAAGAUAGAACCCUCAAGAAGUCUUGCCUCUUACACAUGGACCAUCACAACAACAUCAUUUCAGAACAAGGAAGCUUAAGUAUUUCUGAAUUGCUUUACCUUGGGAAAUAAUGUGCAGGAGAAAACUAACUGUACUGAAAAAGAAGAAAUGAUGGUGGUGGAAAAAUGGAAAAGGAAAUAUUCAAGGAGUUCAUCUAUUUGUUGUAAAUUAAACACAGGAAAAAUGGGGGAAAUAAACUCACACAGAGGGAUAAAGAAGCUAAAUCACUAGGACCGUGUACAGUGUCCAUUAUUUUACUGUAGUUAUCCUAAUGUGUUUUAGAGAUUCUCUCUUAACAAAUCAUGUGUGAUAGUCUUUAUUUAUUUUCUGAUGAGACUCAUUAUAAAUAUUUUAGUGAACAUUAUACUAUUGGAAAAAUAGGAAGAUAUGCAGAGGAUACCUAGAAGUGGUCAUGUCUACAUGAGAUGCUGACUGUACAAUAGACCAUGACUAUUGUGCAGUACUGUUGGAGGUCAGGAAGCGUGAUGCAACCAGUUCACAGCAGUCACAAGCUAGUCAGUGUCACAAAAGAGCACUUCCUUGGUGUGACUGUGCAGCAACUCCAGUUACCGCACAGUCAUGUAGUACUUAUUUAUAGAAGUACUAAAUGACUGCUCAGUAAUGACUGCACAGUUAGUGUCUCAUGUAGACAUGGCCGGUAAGUCCUUUAUAUGUAAAUGUAAAUGUAAAUGUAACCAACCACCAACUUUAAAAAGUAAGUAUUAUGGAUUGUUGUUGUUUAGCAUUUCCUGAACAACAUGUAUGAUCUUUCAGAUUCAGAUAUGUUAUGCAUGUUCAGAUGAUUUCUCUGUCACAGGAAAAAUAGUGUGGAAUUAUACCUGUAUGGCUGUUAGCAGAUGAUCCAUUUACUGCACAAUUAGUGUGUUAAUCAUGCAAUAAAUUGUUACAUGCCAUACAUUCAAAUAAUUUAUGGCACCAUCAAAUUCUAAGCAGUCACAAAUGCUCUUAGUUAAAAUAUUGUAAGUAGUUGAUGCUAGCUAUUAAUAUUAAGUUAUGAAAUUGUGAAUGUAGAAUAGAAGAAAGUGGGUUGGGUGGAUGUUUUCUCAGUGCAUGCUUGGAUUCAUACAAAUGUAACUCACUCAUGGUUUUCCUAUUGAAAAGAAAAGGGUAAAUAAAUACAUUAAUGGGUUGUUAAA